GAGCCCCUACCGGCUUAAGGCCGGACGCCGCGAUGCAGCGCACGGAGCUUAUGCCGCUUUUGGAAACGGCUCUGCGGCCGGGAGAGUCCUGGUAUUUGAUUGACAGUCGGUGGUUCAAGCAGUGGAAGAAAUACGUGGGCUUUGAAAGUUGGGAUCUGUACAACGUUGGAGAGCCCAACCUCUUCCCAGGACCAAUUGACAACUCCGGACUUUUUACUGAUUCAGAAACACAAACUUUGAAAGAGCACCUCAUUGAUGAGUUGGAUUAUGUACUGGUUCCUACUGAAGCUUGGGAUAAACUAGCAAAUUGGUAUGGUUGUAUGGAGGGACAGAAGCCAAUUGUGAGAAAAGUUGUGGAGUAUGGAUUGUUUGUUAAACACUGUAAAGUAGAGGUUUAUCUUUUGGAGUUGAAGCUGUGUCAGAACAGUGAUCCUACAAAUCUUGUGAACUCUUAUUUCAGCAAGACAGAUAUGAUUGCUAUUAUUGAAAAGGAAAUGCGAAAGCAGUUUAAUAUUCCUGAUGGUAAAGAAGUCAGACUGUGGAACAGAUGUACAAAUAAUACUUAUGAACAAUUAAGCAAACUCGAUAGCACCAUACAAGAUGCAGAGCUCUAUCAGGGACAGGUAGUGUUAAUAGAAGUGAAAAAUGAAGAUGGUUCAUGGCCUAGACAAUCUUCUCUAACAAAAUCCUGUACUGCAUCUAGCAGAAAUCUAGCUACCUCUUCAAAAGCAUCAGCAAGCUCUUGCUCUUCAGUAUCUGCCUCUCCAGUCAUUACAAAUGGCGAUAGCAAUAACUCCUAUGGUUUGAACUGUUCUAGCCUUGGUAAAGGUGGCUCGAGCUUUUCUUAUAGUUCUUACAACAGCAGGGAAAGUCUUCAGUCACAGCCUGGACUCUGUGGGCUCAGUAAUCUAGGAAAUACAUGUUUCAUGAACUCGGCUCUACAGUGUUUGAGUAACACACCUCCCUUGACUGACUAUUUCUUGGAAGAUAAAUAUGAAGCUGAAAUAAAUCAAGAUAAUCCUCUGGGAAUGAGGGGAGAAAUUGCAGAAGCAUAUGCAGAACUCAUCAAACAAAUGUGGUCUGGCCGGAAUUCUCAUGUAGCCCCUCGUAUGUUCAAAACCCAGGUUGGCCGUUUUGCUCCUCAGUUUUCAGGAUACCAACAACAAGAUUCUCAGGAGCUUCUGGCCUUUCUUUUGGAUGGCUUACAUGAGGAUUUAAACAGAGUAAAGAAGAAACCAUAUUUGGAAUUGAAGGAUGCUAAUGGGAGACCUGAUUCGAUGGUUGCAAAGGAAGCCUGGGAGAACCAUCAAUUGCGUAAUGACUCUAUAAUUGUAGAUAUUUUUCACGGACUCUUCAAAUCCACAUUGGUCUGCCCCAAAUGUUCUAAAAUUUCAGUUACCUUUGAUCCAUUUUGCUAUUUAACACUCCCUUUGCCCUUGAAGAAAGAUAGAUCCAUGGAGGUAUUCUUGGUGUUUGCAGAUCCACAGCGCAAACCUAUGCAAUUCCGAAUAGUAGUGCCCAUGAUGGGUGGUAUAUCUGAUCUGUGUGAUGCAUUGUCCAAAAUUUCUGGGAUCCCUGCAGAAAAUAUGGUGGUGACAGAGGUCUAUAAUCACAGAUUCCAGAAAAUUUUCCAAAUGGAUGAAGGCUUAACUCAUAUUAUGCCAAAGGACAAUAUAUUUGUGUUCCAUGAUGUCCAGCCCCAAUAGGCUCCUGCUCCGAUGUAGUGCCCCAGCAUGUGCCAUCAUGGUGAUGACAUAAAUCACCAAGAAUCCUGCUGGAGCAUGGAGCCAGGC